CUUUCCUCUUUUCUUCCCAAACAAAUAAUUUGACUUGGAGCGAGCCCAGAAUUAUUGGCAAUAAUUUAUUGUGACAGUCACUUUUAUGUUCGGCCAAUACACUACUAAUAAUGGAUUUCUCGCUCAAGAAGUCGUUUAAAUCCCACGGCUCCUACAAAAAUUCGAGAAAGAUCUCCGCCGGUGGAGGAAAUCCGGAUAACAGCCACGAGGAGCUUCCGAUUCUCUCCGAUCACGACUUCGACGACAAUCACCACGUUCAGCAUUAUCGCCGCCUCAAUGACAACGGCAAAAUGGGAGGCGCCUCCACCGGUCGGAACGAGGUAAUCGUGAAAAUCGACGAGGGCGGCAAUCCUCCCGCCGCCGCGUCGGACCAGUCAAGAAACGCUGAGAACUUUUGGCGGGAAAACAGCUACGGUGCCUGGAAGGAGAAUGCGAAUGUCCGCGACGGUGGUGGCUCCGGGGAAAGCUUUCACUUUGCGCAGACUACGGAGGAUCCGCCGUCGAAGCUGAUUAGGCAGUUUUUGCACAGGCAGAAGGCCUCCGGCGACAUAUCGCUGGACAUGGAUUUGGAGAUGGAGGAGCUCCGCCGCAGCGCCGGCAGCGGAGGAGAGCUUGAUUUGACGCCGGUGUCGGAGUCACCGCAGAACUCGAGGUCGUCGAGGGAGCUGAAGGUCUCGCUCCAUCCGUCGCCGUCGGAUGUCGGGUCCGAGAUCUCUCAAAACGACGCCGUGCGGCGUCGUUUCAAGGACUCUCCGAACGACAACGACGAGUCUCUGGAGCGCCGCGAGCGCGACGGCGAGGAGGUCGUGAGGUGCACAUCGAACGCGUCGUUUCAGCGCGAGAUUUCGUUCCAGAGAAGGUCCAGCUUCUUGCGGGUGAAGACCAGGUCCAGACUCCAAGACCCGCCCGAAGAGCCCGAUAUGCGCUCGGGCCGGAUUCCUAAAUCGGGCCAGAUUCCGAGGUCCGGGCCGAUUCCCAGGUCGGGGCCGAUGAAGUCCGGAUUACUGGGAAAAGACGAAGAAGAGGAUGAUCCAUUUUCUGAUGAAGAUUUACCUGACGAGUUCAAGAAGGCGAAUUUAAGCGCUCUAACGCUUCUUCAAUGGGCAAGCUUAAUCUUAAUAGUGGGGCUUUUUGCUUGUACUCUUUCGAUUCAUUAUUUGAGGCACAAAAAUCUGCUGAAACUGAAGCUUUGGAAAUGGGAGGUUCUGAUCUUGGUUUUGAUCUGUGGGAGAUUGGUCUCCGGUUGGGGAAUUCGAAUAGCCGUGUUCUUCUUCGAGAGGAAUUUUCUUUUGCGGAAAAGGGUUUUGUACUUUGUCUAUGGCGUUAGAAAGGCCGUUCAGAACUGUCUCUGGCUUGGUCUGGUUUUGAUCGCUUGGCAUUUCUUGUUCGACAAGAGAGUCGAGAGAGAGACCAGAAGCGAAUCACUUAAGUACGUGACCAAAGUCUUAAUCUGCUUCUUGGUGGGGACUUUGCUAUGGCUUGUUAAGACACUGAUAGUGAAAGUCCUAGCUUCUUCAUUCCAUGUCAGCACAUACUUUGAUAGGAUCCAAGACUCUCUGUUUAAUCAAUUCGUGAUCGAAACCCUCUCGGGUCCGCCAUUGAUCGAGAUAUACAAAACAGAGGAGGAAGAGGAGCGGCUCGCUGAUGAGGUUGAGAAGCUGCAAAACGCCGGGGCUACCAUCCCUCCGGACCUCGCGUUUUCGUCGGCGCUUCCGAGGACGAGCAGGGUUAUCGGGAGUGGAAGGCUGUCGAGAACGUGGAAGAGCUCGAAGCUGUCGCGGUCACUUAGCAAGAUAGGCGAUGAGGGGAUCACCAUUGAUCACUUGCACAAGCUGAAUCCCAAGAAUGUGUCAGCUUGGAAUAUGAAGAGGCUAAUGAGGAUGGUUAGGCAUGGCACUCUUACUACGUUGGAUGAGCAGAUUGUGGAUUCGACUCAUGAGGACGAGUCCGCCACGCAGAUUAGAAGCGAGGUCGAGGCCAAGGCUGCCGCGAAAAAGAUUUUUCAGAAUGUGGCUAGGCGAGGCUCCAAGUUCAUCUGCCUGGAAGAUUUAAUGCGUUUCAUGCGAGAAGACGAGGCUGUGAAGACCAUGUCUCUCUUUGAAGGAGCAUCUGAGAGCCAAAGAAUAAGCAAAUCGUCCUUAAAAAACUGGGUGGUCAAUGCAUUCAGAGAGCGCAGAGCACUUGCCUUGACACUAAAUGAUACAAAAACUGCCGUCAACAAACUUCAUCGCAUAGUGAACGUAAUAGUCGCCAUUGUUAUAGGAGUUAUAUGGCUUCUUAUACUGGGAAUUGCCACCAGCAAAUUUCUACUAUUUAUCAGCUCGCAGCUAGUCCUUGUAGCAUUCAUUUUUGGAAACACAUGCAAGACAGUGUUCGAAGCAAUUGUUUUCUUAUUUGUGAUGCACCCUUUUGAUGUGGGAGACCGGUGCGAAAUCGAUGGAGUUCAGAUGGUUGUAGAAGAGAUGAACAUCUUGACUACAGUUUUCCUGAGGUAUGACAAUGCGAAGAUAAUAUUCCCGAACAGUGUUCUUGCCACUAAGGCCAUCGACAACUUCUACCGCAGCCCGGACAUGGGAGAUGGAAUCGAAUUCAGCAUCCACGUAGCUACUCCGGCUGAUAAGAUCGCUGCCAUGAGGCAGAGAAUAACAAAUUAUGUUGAGAACAAGAAGGAGCAUUGGUAUCCAGCGCCAAUGGUUAUAAUGAAAGACCUUGAUGAACUAAACAGGGUGAGAAUGGCCGUGUGGUUGUGCCACAGAAUCAACCACCAAGACAUGGGAGAGAGGUAUGCAAGAAGGUCUCUUCUGAUUGAAGAAAUGGUCAAGAUUUUCCAGGAACUCGACAUCCAAUACCGUCUUCUUCCCAUUGACAUCAAUGUCCGUGCCAUGCCCUCCGUGGCCCCUGUGCCGACCUCUACUUGGCUUCCCCCUAAUUGGACUGCAACUACAACCUGAAGUAAGUAAGGAAGAAUGAUCAAUCAAUGUGAUCUCCUUUGAGAAGGAAAGCAUGUGAACCCCAUUGGGCAUUGGAGGUUCUCAGCAGUCGGUCAGCACUGCGCGGCUUGGGUUUGUCUUCAUAAAGAGAGCGUAGGAUUUCUGUAGGGAAUUGAAAUGAUAUUUUUCUCUUUGAUAUUUUUUAGUUGGUUAAAUCUUCAGAGGAAAUAGCUGCUUUUAGUACAAAUGAGAAAAGCUUAAG